GUGAUGGACAAGAAAAAGUCAGUAUAUGGUUCCUCUUCAUCGUCCUCUUCAUCUUUGGAUCAUAUUUUUGGUCCAAGAGUCUCCCCUUCGUCUUCGUCAUCAUCAACAACAGGAUUGUUCAAUUCUAUUUUCCCACCACCCUCAACGGAGACGCAGACCAACUUGGGAAGUCGAAAUGGAGCUGCCAAAUAUCAACCUACAAAUUUGAGGAUUCCAAAUGAAAGAGGAGAAAGGAGCAAAAAUAAAGAGAGAAAGAGUUACCAAAAUGAAGAAACACAACCACCAUGCAACUUAAGCUCAUCCAUAUACUAUGGAGGACAGGAUAACUAUUCCUCUUCAACUACCAACCCUGAUGCUUAUAAGAAAGAUGGAGAAGAAGGCGAUUCUGAAAGUGCUCCAAGAGGAAACUGGUGGGAUGGGUCCCUUUAUUACUAAUUAACAAACCCUAGCUGAUGAUGCACGAUAGCGGCUAAAGUGCUAAGGGACCUUAAUUAAGUGAAUAAUGGAAGUUGCCGUAUCGAAAUAUACCUACAAAUGUAAAAAAGAAAAUGAAAAAAAAAAUAUAGCGACAUAAGAAAGAAAAGUAUCAAAAAGAGUGGAUAUCUUACUGUAUGAGAUGAAGCUAAAAGUCUACAUAAAAGGGCUAAGGCUUGACAUGUUGGUUCUUCAUGUUCGACAAAGGCAACAAGUUUUAGACAAGUCUCUUUAUAAUGAAAUCAA